GCGCUGCCGUCUCCCGGGAAAAUGGCGCUGCACUUCCAGAAUUUGGCCGAGUUGGAAGCAUUAUGUACUCAUCUCUAUGUGGGGACUGACCUUGCACAGAGAAUAGAGGCUGAGAAAGCACUGCUGGAACUCAUCGACAGCCCGGAAUGUCUCAGCAAGUGUCAGCUCUUGUUAGAACAAGGAACAACCUCCUAUGCUCAGCUUCUUGCAGCAACAUGUCUUUCAAAACUUGUCAGCCGAGUCAGUCCUUUACCUGUUGAGCAGAGGAUAGAUAUCAGAAACUACAUUCUGAAUUAUGUGGCAUCACAACCCAAGCUGGCUCCCUAUGUCAUCCAAGCCCUUAUUCAAGUCAUUGCUAAAAUUACUAAAUUGGGGUGGUUUGAGGUUCAGAAAGAUGAGUUUGUCUUCAGAGAAAUUAUUGCUGAUGUGAAAAAAUUUCUUCAGGGUACUGUGGAACACUGCAUAAUAGGAGUAAUAAUCCUUUCUGAAUUGACUCAGGAAAUGAACCUGGUUGAUUAUUCUAGACCUUCAGCAAAACAUAGAAAAAUAGCGACAUCAUUUCGUGACACUUCUCUCAAAGACAUUUUCAUUUUAGCAUGCUCUCUUUUGAAAGAGGUGUUAGCCAAACCUUUAAACCUUCAAGAUCAAUGUCAACAAAAUCUUGUCAUGCAAGUUUUGAAACUGGUCCUCAAUUGCCUUAGCUUUGACUUCAUUGGCAGUUCUGCCGACGAAUCUGCAGAUGAUCUUUGCACAGUGCAAAUUCCCACAACUUGGAGAACAAUUUUCCUGGAACCAGAAACAUUGGAUCUUUUCUUCAAUCUGUAUCAUUCACUUCCUCCACUACUGUCUCAGUUAGCACUUUCAUGUUUGGUUCAGUUUGCUUCUACAAGAAGGUCCUUAUUUAGCAGUCCUGAACGUGCCAAGUACCUUGGCAAUUUAAUUAAGGGAGUAAAAAGGAUACUUGAAAACCCCCAGGGUUUGUCUGAUCCUGGUAAUUAUCAUGAAUUUUGUCGAUUUUUGGCUCGGUUAAAGACAAAUUAUCAGCUGGGAGAAUUAGUCAUGGUGAAAGACUAUCCUGAAGUUAUCAGAUUGAUUGCUAAUUUUACCAUUACUAGCUUGCAGCACUGGGAAUUUGCUCCGAACAGUGUUUAUUAUUUAUUAACACUGUGGCAGCGAAUGGUGGCUUCAGUUCCUUUUGUGAAAUCAACUGAACCUCACUUGCUAGACACCUAUGCACCAGAGAUCACCAAGGCCUUUAUUACAUCUCGCUUGGAAUCCGUGGCCAUAGUUGUGAGAGAUCAUUUAGAUGACCCGCUGGAUGAUAGCGCUACUGUGUUUCAGCAGUUGGAGCAGCUGUGCACUGUCAGCAGAUGUGAAUAUGAGAAGACAUGCGCUCUUCUAGUACAGUUAUUUGACCAGAAUGCACAGAAUUACCAAAAACUUCUACAUUCAGCUUCUGGGCUAACUGUAGACAUGGCAGUUCAAGAAGGACGUCUUGCCUGGCUGGUAUACUUAGUUGGGACAGUCGUAGGAGGAAGAUUGACGUAUACCAGUACAGAUGAACAUGAUGCUAUGGAUGGAGAAUUAUCCUGUCGAGUUUUUCAGCUUAUCUCUUUAAUGGAUACUGGACUGCCUCAGCGUUCUAAUGAGAAAAUCGAGCUUGCGAUUCUGUGGUUCUUGGAUCAGUUUCGUAAAACUUAUGUUGGUGACCAGCUUCAGAGAACCUCAAAGGUGUAUACCCGUAUGUCAGAAGUCUUAGGAAUAACAGAUGACAACCAUGUUCUGGAAACUUUCAUGACAAAAAUUGUUACAAACCUUAAAUACUGGGGAAGAUGUGAGCCUGUAAUUUCAAGAACUCUUCAGUUUCUAAAUGACCUUUCUGUUGGCUAUAUCCUUUUAAAAAAACUUGUGAAAAUAGAUGCUGUGAAAUUCAUGCUAAAAAACCAUACGAGUGAACACUUCCCCUUUCUUGGCAUCAAUGACAAUUGCAGUCUCAGUGACUUCAGGUGCCGAACAACCUUCUACACAGCCCUCACCCGCCUUCUGAUGGUCGACCUUGGCGAAGAUGAAGAUGAAUUUGAGAAUUUCAUGCUGCCUCUCACAGUCUCUUUUGAAACGGUAUUACAGAUAUUCAACAACAACUUUAAACAGGAGGAAGUGAAGCGUAUGUUGAUCGGGCUGGCAAGAGAUCUUCGAGGGAUUGCCUUUGCACUGAACACAAAGACCAGCUACACCAUGCUGUUUGACUGGAUGUAUCCAACAUACCUCCCCAUUCUUCAGAGGGCCAUUGAACGGUGGUAUGGAGAACCAGCGUGCACAACUCCCAUCUUGAAGCUUCUGGCAGAACUGAUGCAGAACAGAUCUCAGCGUUUAAAUUUUGAUGUAUCAUCUCCUAAUGGGAUUCUCCUCUUCAGAGAAGCUAGUAAAAUGAUUUGCACUUAUGGUAAUCAGAUCCUGUCCCUUGGGAGCCUCUCCAAAGAUCAAAUGUAUCCAAUGAAACUCAAGGGCAUCUCCAUCUGCUAUUCAGCUCUCAAAUCUGCCUUGUGUGGAAAUUAUGUCAGCUUUGGUGUCUUCAAGUUGUAUGGGGACAACCAUUUUGACAAUGCACUCCAGGCCUUUGUCAAAAUGCUGCUGUCCGUGCCCCACAGUGACUUGCUACAAUAUCGGAAAUUGAGCCAGUCCUAUUAUCCACUCCUGGAAUGUCUCACCCAGGACCACAUGAGCUUCAUCACCAACUUGGAGCCUCCUGUACUCCUGUAUGUUCUCACGUCUGUCUCAGAGGGACUCACUACGCUGGAUACAGUUGUCUCCUCCAGCUGCUGCACCAGCUUAGACUGCAUCGUCACCUACCUCUACAAGCACAUAGCAAAGGAGGGCAAGAAGCCACUUCGAUGCCGAGAGGCUGCCCAGGCUGCUCAGAGACUCUUACAUUUUAUGCAGCAAAACCCAGAUGUCCUGCAGCAGAUGAUGUCUGUCCUCAUGAACACCAUUGUCUUUGAAGACUGUCGGAACCAGUGGUCAGUAUCCAGGCCUCUGCUGGGGCUCAUCCUGCUCAAUGAGAAGUAUUUCAGUGAACUGAGAGCAAGUCUGAUAAGCAGCCAGUCACUCCCCAAGCAGGAGGUCCUUGCCCAGUGUUUCCAGAAUUUGAUGGAAGGAGUGGAGCAGAACUUGUCCAUCAAGAACAGAGACAGGUUCACCCAGAACCUCUCUGUCUUCAGAAGAGACGUGGCCGAGGCCCUGCGCUGCGACGGCAGCACUGAAGCCUGCAGUCUGGACAUGAUGAGCUGACCCAACUUCUCCCACCACAAGCCAAGCAGCCUUUAUCCAGAGACUCUUGAUGGUCCAGGUCCCAGGACAGCGGGGUUGGCUAGCCCAGGGAAAUCUAUUUUUCAAAGACGAAUAACAACAAAAGCCCUAUCUUUUUUAUAAGUCUGGCCUAAUUAUAAGAGUGUAUAAUAGUGCACAAUGUAAAUUCAAUCUUUGUUCUGAAAAAGUAUAGCACAUGUUUUCAGUCUUUCUACCAGAUAUCAUUACCUUUGUUCCCAAAAAGCUCUGAGAAGAUGGCAAAACAAUAUUUAACCAAAGAAUAUAAUAAACUGGGUUUGUGCCCAAGUGUGCACUAGUUACUUGGGGCUGUAAUGAGGGUUGUCAGUCUGUUGGAGAGGCAGCCUUCAACACGAGUCCUGGAUUAAGACAAAUGCCAGCUGAACCUGUUACAUCGGCCGUGGGUUUUGAGUGGGGCAGCAGCAGUGUCCGGGACCCUGGGCUGUGGGCAAGUAGAAGGAGCGUGGAAGCACCACAGAACCUCCCCCAGGACCACACGCAGGCCUCUCUGUCUCCGCAGCAUCUGAUAAAGUUGAGAGACACUAACACAAUUAAAUGACUUACAAACAACGUUUGCGUUUCACUGGCAUAAAUCUGAAGUGGUUCAGUCUAGAAGAAUUAAGCUGUGCAAUUACUGCCUGCGGAGAGAUUUCUUCAGACCCCUGAAGCACCAGUAAGAUGUUCUGGGUAGUGCCAGCACCCAGUCUUCCUGCGGCCAUCUAAUUUUUAAGAGAACGUGAUGACAACUUUAAAGCACAGUAUUUGAAGCAGCUCUUUCUUCUUAGGCUCCCCAAAUCAGUGCCAGGUACUAAGUCAGAAACAACCGCGUUCUACUUCACCACAGUAACUCUUAUGCUGCUGUGGGGACUGUGACCUCACCCCCUCCCAUUCCACCCUGGACAUGGAGAGAGUCUGUGAAGUUUGAGAAGCACUGGCACUAGGCUGUACUUCCAGACUGCCGCUGUCACAUGCCUUUUACAGCAGGUGCUCUGCCUUCUUGGUUCAGACUUACAAUAAAUAUCAUACACUUUGUUUUUCAUCAGACAUGAAAGGUUGGCCUGACUUGGAACA